AUGGCGUCUAUGCAUUUGAUCUUGUUGGUACUCCUCAUCGCCCUCUCGGCCCAAGCUCGACACGUUCACUCGCCGGGAUCCGGUCACAAUGUCGAUGAGUCUAGAAGCGGCUCAGGAUCUGGCUCCGGCAUCGAGGAAUCUGGAAGCGGCUCAGGAUCUGGCUCCGGCAUCGAGGAAUCUGGAAGCGGCUCCGGAUCUGGCUCCGGCAUCGAGGAAUCUGGAAGCGGCUCCGGAUCUGGCUCCGGCAUCGAGGAAUCUGGAAGCGGCUCCGGAUCUGGAAUCGAAGAAUCUGGAAGCGGCUCGGGAUCUGGCUCCGGCAUCGAGGAAUCCGGAAGCGGCUCCGGAUCUGGAAUCGAAGAAUCUGGAAGCGGCUCUGCAUCUGGCUCCGGCAUCGAGGAAUCUGGAAGCGGUUCUGGAUCUGGCUCCGGCAUCGAGGAAUCUGGAAGCGGUUCUGGAUCUGGCUCCGGCAUCGAGGAAUCCGGAAGCGGCUCGGGAUCUGGAAGCGGCAUCGAGGAAUCUGGAAGCGGCUCCGGAUCUGGCUCGGGCGUCGAGGAAUCUGGAAGCGGAUCAGGAUCUGGUCUUGAAGAAUCUGUUUCCAGUUAUGGUUACGGCAGCGGCUCAGGAUCUGGCUCCGGUAUCGAGGAAUCCGGAAGCGGCUCUGGCUCCGGCAUCGAGGAAUCUGGAAGCGGCUCUGGAUCUGGAAUUGAAGAAUCUGGAAGCGGCUCCGGAUCUGGCUCCGGCAUCGAGGAAUCUGGAAGCGGCUCAGGAUCGGAUGAUGGUUCAUGUAAGUUCACUUGUUUAUUGUUUUUAGGUAGAAUAGGCAUGGUUUUAGCGAUUUUGUACUUUUUCACGAAAUCAUAACUGGAGUUUAUUUUAUGAAUGAUGGUUAUAUUUUCUUUUGUUUCAGCAUCUGGCGCAGCUCUGGAAGAUCAGACCUCGGAUGAUGCCGCGUCAACCUUCCUUCAAGGACACGAAGAAGCCGAAGCAGCCCGUUCCUUCUUCCGUUCUCUGAAUGAUACCGAGGAAUCCAACUGCACCGCCCUCGCUAAAUGCACCUCAGACGCCGAAUGUGGAUCUGGAAAGUGUAUUGGCGCCUUUGUUGGAACCUGUGAAUGCUCCAAGUGCCUGAACUUCAUCUUCUGCAAGGACGACGACGCCUGUGGAGGUCUCCAAGGCGCUUGCCAGAACACCACCAGCACCUGCUCGUGCCUCAAGGGAUACCAGCAAGCCGGAUUCAAGACCCAAUUCCAAGCCAACCAAGAAUUCUGCAACAAGAAGACCUGCACCGUCGACUCUGCCGACAAGGAUUGUUUCGGUCUCCCAUGCCGCACUGGAAUCUGCUCAUGUGCUUAG